AUGUCGACGCUAGCCAUCAGACCCGACGAACCCCCGAACGAGCGACACCGCGACACCGUCCCCGACCUUGACCCGUCUGGCGGAGGAAGACGUCCGGCCAUGUCUCCUCGAGAUCGGUCGCCUGCCAGCUCUCGUGGCUCGCAGGACGACAGCUCGUCGACACUGUCGGAUCGUGGGCGAGCGCGCAGGCGUUCGGCGGGCUCGGAACGGUCGGAUCAGCCUGAAGGAGCGGAGGAGACUGCGGAUCUGCCUCAGGCUUCAGGCCUGGCGCAUCCCGCUUCUCCCGAGGCACCUCACCCGAUCGCCAGGUCCUCCUCCGCCACCACGUCUGUCCCCGCGCCUUCUGCUUCCGUGCGCGCCGAUCGCCUCGACCACCAGCUUCAGACCACGUCUCCAGAUUGUCCCGCCCCGUCUCGCAUGCGCCGCGUCGCUCGUGUCUCUCCCAAUUCCCGCAACGAGCGCCCCGUCCCGUCCGCCAUCCCUUCCUCGAACUUUUCCGCCCACCAUCGACCAGCCCACGGUUUGCGUCGACAAUCCUCCCUCCCUCCGUCGAGUCGCCGCGCGAGGGCGAGCUCGCUGAGCCCGCCGUCGACCUCGUCAGGUCUCGCUUCUUCCUCGUCCCGUCCGUCUCGGCACCUGGAUCCUGACCAGCAUUGGCUUUCAGAGGACGAGGCGCACGACGCCGUCAGGGUUGCGGAUCGGCCGCGUCGGUCACGGCGAACGAGGUCGAGCAGGAGCGACGAUUCGGAAGGUCCCGAGCGCGACAGUCCCAAGCUCCUCGCCGCGUCGGGCCUUGGCGAAGACCCGACGUCGGCUCACCACAUCCACAACCGACCUUCCAAGGCGUUCAGACCGUCCGCGACGCCGCCGAUGGCAGAGUUGACGGACGGGCGAUCGCUGUCCGCUGUCGUUCCGGACCUCGCUCGCCUCCUCCUCUGCCCGUCGUGCCACAACCUCUACAUCGAUCCCGCCACACUCGCCUGCGGUCACUCGCGCUGCCUCGUUUGCUCCGGAAAGUCAGAUACCCUCGCCACCCCGCCCAUCGAGACGGCGUCGAUGACGACUCCGACCGCCUUCACCUUCACUCCGCCCGCCGUCGCGCGGCAUACGGCCGGCAUUGCCUCGCCUCUCCCCUCGCCGCCCGUCGUCGCUCACCUCGACAACAACCAGCUCUACCGAACCUUGUCGGCAACAUCGACCACCUCGACACCUUCCGUCGCCUCGACUGCGCAGACGCACAUCCCCGUCGACCUUCCCAACCUCACCUGUCCCGACUCGUCGUGCGACUACAACUUUUCGCAUCUCAUCGUCCCCCAUCUCCCGCUUCAUGUCGACUACACCUUGCGAAAGGUCAGCGAGAUGCUGCAGAAGGCCGUGCCGGGACUUGCAGAGUGGGCGACGAGCCUCGCGCCGAAGAACGACCCGCAUCUCGCGCCGUUGUUCUCCGACGUGCGGUUGGCCAGCGAGGCGCCGACCGAUGUCGAGGACAGCGGCGAGCAAGCGAUGGUCGAGGGCGACAUCCAGCCUGGUGCGAUCUCGCGCACGAGCAGCGGUAGCAGUGGCGGGGGCGAUGAGGAGACGAUCGAAGGACACGACGACAGCAAGCGUGCGCACAAGUCGCGCAAGUCGUGGCAAGCGAGCAAGAAGUCCAGGACGGCGUCCUUCAGCGACGUCUCGAUGGCUUCGCCGGCCGUCGGUCCUUCUCGCGCGUCGACGCCGAUGCCGCAAGUCGCACAACGGGACGACAAGCGCCUCGACAUCGCCGGUUUGUCGCCCUCGUUUCUCGCCGACCUGCACAACGAGUGCGAGUGCCAAGUGUGCUUCCAGCUCUUCCAUGAGCCGGUCACUUCGCCUUGCGGCCACUCGUUCUGCCGACAAUGCCUCGCCCGCUCGUACGACCACUCCGACAAGUGUCCCUUGUGCCGCGCCGACCUCCCGCCUCUCGCCUACUUCCGCUGGCAACGAUCCAACAUCGCGCUCACUAAGAUCAUCGAGACUGCUCUCCCUCAACAAGCCGCCGAGCGUGCCGCGACUGUCAAGGAGGAAGAACUUGCGCUCCUCGCCUCGGUACCCGUCUUCGUCUGCACGACCGCCUGGCCGGGCAUCAAGUGCUUCCUGCACAUCUUCGAGCCUCGUUACCGCCUCAUGGUCCGCCGCGUGCUCGAGACGCCCGAACGGUCGUUCGGGAUGGUCCUCCCGCUUCGCAGCGCAGGACCUGAUGCCGUCAACGAGUACGGUACCAUGUUGCGCGUCACGAGCUGCCAGAUGCUCGAAGACGGCCGCCUCAUCCUCGAGACGAUUGGGACAUACCGCUUCCGCCUCCUCGAGCGCAGCAUGGUCGACGGGUACAACGUUGGCAAGGUUGAGCGCGUCGACGACGUAUCGCCGGAACAAGAAGCCGAGCUCGAGCGGGUUGCGCUCGCAAGGAACGAUACCCUCCAAGACGAGUACGCCGAACCUGAACCAGUCGGACCGGACGGCGUGCCCCUCUCGAGACCGCCCAUGACGGGCAACAUCGAGUUGUCGACCGACCAGCUCAUGCAGAUCUGCCUCGACUUCCUCACGACCCUGCGCGCUAGCUCAGCGCCGUGGAUUAUCGAGCGGCUGAACCGGACGGUCGGCGAGGUGCCCAACAACCCGCACGAUUUCAGCUGGUUCGCCGCCGAGGUCUUCCCGGUUGAAGAUCACGUCAAGGUCACCCUCCUCCAGAUCACGAGUGUGCGCGAACGUCUGCGCUUGAUCGUCUUCUGGAUCGAGCAGUUCAGGUCAUCGUGGUGGUACAGCCGAGGCUGCAACAUCGCCUAG